AUGGAACAAGCAUUUGGUGAGCCAAUGAGAGACCAAGUCACACGGACACAUUUGACAGAAGACGUUCCAAAUGCCACCAAGUGCACAGUGAUUGGAGGCGCUGGAUUCCUGGGGCAGCACAUGGUGGAGCAGUUGCUGGCAAGAGGCUACGCUGUCAAUGGAUUUGAUAUGCGGCAAGGGUUUGACAACCCCCCGGGGGGGGAAUUCUUUCCGGGUGACCUCUGCAACCAACAGGAUCCGUACCCAGCUCUGAAAGGUAUAAUCAGAGUUUUCCACUGUGCAUCACCCCCACCAUCCAGUAACGACAAGGAACUUUACAGAGUGAAUUACAUUGCAACCAAGAAUGUCAUUAAAACUUGCAAAGAGGCUGGGGUUUAGAAACUAAUUUUAACCAGCAGUGUCAUCAUCUUUGAGGGUGUCAACAUCAAGAAUGGAAUUGAAGACCUCCCUUAUGCCAUGAAACCCAUUGACUGUUACACGGAGACAAAAAUCUUAAAGGAGAGAACAGUCCUGGACCCCAGUGAUCCUGAGAGGAAAUUCGUAACCAUAGCCACUCGCCCUUAUGUCACUUUUGGCCCCAAAGACCCCCAGUUGGUCCCCAUCCUCAUCAAGGCAGCCAAGAAAGGCAACAUGAAGUUUGUGAUUGGAAACGGGGAGGACCUGGUGGGCUUCACCUUUGUGGAGAAUGUGGAGAACGUGGUGCACGGACACAUCUUGGCUGCAAAACACCUCUCCCAAGAUGCAGCCGUCAUUGGGAAGGCAUUUCACAUCACCAACGAUGAACCCAUCCCUUUCUGGACAUUCCUGCCCCACAUCCUGACAGGCCUCAACUACGAGGCCCCCAAGUACCACAUCCUGUGCUGGGUGCCCUACCACCUGGCCCUUCUGCUGUCCCUCCUGGUGACGGUGAUCAGUCCUGUCAUCCAUCUCCAGCCCCCUUUCACACCAAUGCGGGUCAUGCUGGUUGGCACAUUCCACCUAAGCUGUGAGAGAGCCAAACAGGUCAUGGGCUACCGGCCCCUAGUCACCAUAGAUGACACCAUAGAAAGGACUGUGCAAAACUGUCACCACCUAUGGAAGAUCGAGGGAGGCACCCCGGAAAUUGGGUCCUCUCACUGUGUGGCCUCCAACAAGAGAUUUAACCUUGUGAGCCUUCCUCUGAAAAAUGGGGCUAAGAAUGAUGAUACCUUCCUUGUGGGCAAAAUGAGAGAACUUCCAGAAGCAGGAAGCACCACGGGGAAGGUGCAGUGGAGGGGGGAACUUGGCGGUGGAGAACGGGUCCUCAAAGCCCAGCAGACUGCUGCGGAGACGGCACUGCCUGGCUGGUGCAGACAGCUCUGCAGAAUUAGGGAGGGCUUAGAAGGAACUGGAGAACAGACUGGAACAGUCACGGCUGCCAAAAGAGAGCAGCUGCUGCUGGCACUAGACUAUGAAGCUAAAUGUCCACAAGCUGGCAGUCUCCUAAUCUUGCUGGUAGAAAUUACAAAGCAUAAAGAACUAAGAGAAAUGUUUCGAGGAAAGCUCAAUAAGGCCAUAAAUAACAUUCAGAGACAGGCUUACCGCCCCCCACUUUCACCAUCAUUAAACCUGUCCAAUAACACGGAACGACAUUGCCACGGAUCAUAA